CAUAAUUCAUCAACUUCAUCGGUGACUGAAAAUUGAAUAUUUUGAACAUGUCGCGUUCUAUUCUUUCUUGCAAACAGCACAAACAUUUGUUUUGUUCUUUGGUUCCAAGAAGGAAAACGGUAAAAGUUUGCUGGGGAAACAUUUGUUGGGAUCGAAUUGAGUUGGAUAGGGCUCCUUCCAAAUUGCGGAUGGAUAAGAAUGCAAGAUAGCGACUUCCCACAAGACGACGAGACUGGUGUGCCAAAAUCAACUGAACACAAUCGGUGAGAGUAUCCAAGAACGAUACGGUAUUGCACGGUACUUUUCACUCCUUACGGUAUUAGAAUCGGCCUCGGCGUCUCGAUGCUUCGUUCCCUACGUUGUUACAGCAUACAUUCCGAAAGAACCACAUUAUUUUACAUAGAAUAUUAUUGACCAUAUUCAGUAAUGAAACCACGSAAAUCGGUCUGAGAUGGAAGGGAAUUUCUGUUUCCUUUCGAUACGAACUUUCUGGACAGAUGCUUGGGAGGAACCUCGAACAUACGUGGGAAAGUCCUGCUUUCAAGAUGCACUAAAACGCAACAACAGGAUACGAGAACAAAGACAGCCGAGAAGCCUGCUAGGGGCUACAGAUCGUUCCUCUACGAAGAAACGAUAACAUAUACGAUUCAAAACCUUAUCCAAAAGCGAUGGCUGGCUAGCAUUGCUAAUUUUUGAGCAAUCGGAUCCAACCUAAUCCCGCAAAGAUUUGCUGAAGCCAUUGCGUCACUCAGAAGAAGGGAAGACGCGGGAGGCCUCUGUCGUCGCCGAUGGAUUUGAUAGGAAAUUGCAGAUCCUGUAAGUUCCCAUCGGUUCCCUCUUUGAUGGGUGGCCCGAACGUUUGGUACGGAAAUGGUGAGACGAUGCGGUUAGACCAGGAAGCCAGUAAACGACGAGGAUACGACGCAAUGCUCUAGUAGCUGUGAAUCGAUCGAUGUGUCGACGAAAUGGCACACGGGGAGAUCGCUGAUUACACAACAAAUUAGGAAGGUUGGAAAGAAAGGUACUGUUGGAACUUUGAUUUGUCCACUGUUUGCUUUGUACAACACCAUGAAGGACACACCUCGUGAUUCGCAUAAAUUCGAAUCCCAGUGCUUUCUAACAAUUGCUUUCUGCAAGCUUUGAUCCUAUUACGGAGUGAAUCUUCCAUCGACUCGUCGUCUUACAGUACCUUUCCAUGUCAUUGUUGAUCUAUUUUCUAAUAUUACGGUACUUGAUUGAUUGAUUUGCAUGCCGGUACCGGUAGGAGGAUGUUCUGAACGAUUUUUCAUGAUCGCCGGAGUAGGUAUUUGUAGUACCGUAUUUUUUGUAGUAGUACAAAUCAUUAUCUACAGUAGAUCAUUUGGACAAGUACGUGUAGCUUGGAACUGGUACGGUACCACGUAGUACGAGUACAGGGAUAUAUUGUAUUGACAAAGCGACGAAAGGUAUGUUCAUAUGUUCAUACUAAUAAAUCCAUACCUACACAGAGCAAGUACGUUUUCUCUACCGGUACUUCUUUGUUCGUAGUUCGGAACAUGCUACGUAGUUGUCAGUACGAGUUGCGUGGGCAGUGGGCAUGGCAAUCAUCUCGAAGCUCUGAUGAAAGCGCAAGAAUUUUUUGAAAAUCAAAAAAUUCCAUCACCAAAAACUUUUGUUCAAAAUCGUGACUGUUGUUACGGAGGUGAUGUCACACCGUCCUUUCUAACACAUCACAGACCCCCGAUCGGUGUUCCACGAAACGAGAAGGACAAGUAGUACAACACAAAUGGUCGCCACAAAGUUAUCGGAAGUUGCAGGAAAGGGUUGGAGAUCACUGGAUGCGACAACUACUGGUGGCAAAAAUGAAAGGGGGGAGAGCAACAGAAAAUCGAGCGGCAACGUUUCCUCCUCGUCUUCCUAUCUGGAAUCGGCAAGCGAAUCGUUGCAGCAAGCCGGGGAAUCUGCCUAUUCUGGAAUCACAAGCGCCAUUUCGACUCUUCCGACCCUGUGGAAAGCAGAAACAUCCGCUGCCACCAAAAACAACAUCGGUUUGAAACAAACAGACAGCGACGACGUUCUUUCGUCUUCGAGUGUAUCUGCCGGGUCGGGUUUGAGCAGCCAACGCCGGAGAGGUUCCGUGACCCUUCUGUCUCCUAAUCUAUUGAAAAUGAUCCACAAUCCCUACAUAGGUGUACGGGGCGGGGGGAGGCAGCACAAAGCAAAGGCUCCCAACGAGUCGAUGGAUGCUGUUCGAAAACUUCUUUAUGUCGUGGACGACAACAAAAACAACCGUCCAUCCAUAGUGGCAGGCGGGGUUGCACGUCCCACGGAAAUGCCUCAGUCACCUCAAUUGACUCCCUUCUCUGAUGCUUCACCGUUGCCGUUUUCAGAAGCCUAUGAUAGCACACAUACCCCCCGUCGUCGAAAUAGCAACACCAACAGCUACAACUCGGAUAUGCAGUACGAGCGAUCGCAAGUCCAAUCGCUAUUGUCCCACGAGCUAACCACAAUCGAUUCCAUGCGCUCUAAGGAAGAAGACUUCGGGGAAGAAUUACCGUUAGAAGCAGUGGAAAAAGAGCUAGACCAACAGGCAGAGCAAGCAGAAGCGUCUGGGGGAAAAACAGCGCAAAAGGACCAUCCGUUUUCAUCGUCGUAUUCAGCGUCACCAGAAGAAACGGCCUCGCAGCUUACCGAGGGAACCCUGCGGGCCAUGCGGGAUCUAGCACUAGACGAGGCGGUAGAACUUCAUGCCAGCCUGAAGUAUUGGAGUGAUCGAUGGGAGAGACCUAUUUUUUCAUGGUUCGUCGCCGGGCCCAUGGUUUGGUUUGGACUGAACGCGAAGAAAAACCACCACCAAAGCAGCCAAAACGCAAGCAGAUACUCAAUGAUCGGCGGUGGUGGUUACGAUCACGCCGUCAUGGUAGGCCAAAAGGUCUCCCAGAUCCAAGCGGUUCUAGCGCGGCGUCUUUCUGCCAUUGGAGAACUCCAGCAGCAUCUCUUGCGUGCCGGGUGGCAGCGUGGCGUGGCCCAGUGGGGCUUUUUGGGAGAGGGUGGGGACUGGGCGGCCGUCGCUGGGGCCGAUGGUCGAAUGACGGACCAUGAUUCCGUGGAACAAUCCUUCGAAGAUGACGGAGACGACGAUGAUGUCGGGGCAGGCGACGAAGGAACCGAACAAGGCCUCCAACAUUACCACGGGGAUGCAGACUCUUUUUUGGACCAAGAAUUUCUUUCCCCCGAGAACGAAUCACUGGAUGGUGCUUCAAGUUACCAAAACUACAACCAAAAUAGUCGAUACCGGCCACAGCUGCGGAGGGAAUACAGCGAAGCUAGUGUGGGAAGCGUCGGCAUGCACUUUGAUGUGGCACCACCUCCCCCCGAUUUUACGACUCCUAGAAGGAGGAAUUCCUCCAUGAUCGAAAGCCGUCGAAAACAGGGCAGUUUGUAUUACACCAAUCUAACCGUUCGCAAACGGAAAGGAGGUCGAAUUCACACAGACAAUCCAGCCUUGGCCGAAUGGUCUGUCGAUGCCAUGGCAUUGAUCCGAAGUCAACUGAGUCGGGCAGCAAGCGGGAAGAUCGCGUUGCCUUGUGCCGAAAACUGGCCAUUCGAAUUUGCCCCUGCCAGCCAUCCUUCCGCUGUCGCCCAAGACGACAAAACCAUUCAUUACGCCCCCACUGAUACCGGCCUACCGGCAUGGGUCGCCAUGAAGUCUGUCCCCUCUCGAACGAGAAAGCGAAUCUGUACCACGAGCAGCUAUCCGAUCCUAGAGAACGAAUACGACGACCAGAGACCCCGCAACGUCGAUUUUCCAAAAAUAGGAGCCGAGUGUUUUGACGAUCCACCGGUUGGAACCGAAGAAACGAACCCUUCCAAACAUCAUUCCGUAUCGUCUCCCGAUCUCAAAGAACCACUAUUGCGGAAAAGAAGAUCGCCCACUCAGCAACAGAAUCGACAGAGACUCUUGUCGUCUUCGCCAAAUUCGUGUGUGGCGGAAAACUCUGUGUUGAGCAUUUCAGAUCUACCGCUCAUGAUGAACGAGGUAUCAGCUCUUUUGGACGUGAUGGAGGAUAUCAUCGACGUUCAGCGAGCGAGAAGGCUCCAAAAACUGAAACCACCCCCGUGGUGGAGACAGAAUUGGUUUCUGGUGGCAAUGGUCCCCCCCUCUGUUGCCUAUCUCGUCUACAACAACGCCGUCGGGAAGCGACGCGCGUGGAACCUCGUCAAGUUUGCAGCCCAGAAAAUUCUUGAUUUCGCACGCGAGCACGUCGUUUUGCCGUGUGUCGCUCUCUACGAAGAAAUCACCACGGGCCCGGAUUCCAUCAGCGACCACAAGGCCCGCGAUACCGUCAUCGAAACGCUCAAAAAGAUGAUCCGGAGCUGGUUGGACGAAACGUGAGUGGCAUGGAUUCGUAGUUUUUUAUGGUGUUCGUACGUGUUGUGUCGUUUUGUCCCGGUUGCUUGCGUUGAAAGGAACGUAGGAUUGUACGAACGAAACAUAGCUCUAGUUGCCUUCUACGUUACGUUGGUUGGCGUUCGCCCCUCACCGUUUUGUUAUGUCGAUUCUAAUCCCACCGCCAACGCCUUGUCAGGUACCCCGAGAUGCUAGAGGCCGAGAAAGAAAGACUCUCGGACGCAAUGGAUAUCACCCUGGUCGAGCAAGCGAAGGAAGAGAGCAUGAAGAGCGUGUACAACAUGAACAGCGUCAUUCGCAUGAGCUUCAUCGAGGCCCAGUUCAUCAAGAAGGAGAUGAUGAACGCGCUCGUUGCCAUGGACGAGAUGCAGGCUUCGACGAAUUUCAACAUGAACCUUGCGGCGAUCACCCCCUUUGUCCUGCUCAUGUGGACGGUGAAAAAGAUCUCCGUCUUUGUUUUCUACACCACGUUCAAGUGGGGGAAAUCCCGGAGGGAGACCUACCGGUCCUUCCUCGAUGCACUCACCGAGAUCGAGCGGCUGCUCAUUAUGAGGAGCAAUCCACCGGCCCCGCCCCCCGCCAUCGGUGGACCCGAAACCGCCAGGGGCUCGGGCUGCACCUAUCGCCACCACGAGCCGCACGCUUUGCCCGCCAUCGGGGACUGCGUCCUCGGCUCGGACGACCUGGGCAUGCUGAUGCUCCACGUCCACGAGCUCCGGACGAUCCUUUGGCAGGAGCGGCGACGGUUUUCGCAGACCGCGCUGCGGAGCGUCUCUGAGGACCUGGCGGAGCUCUCGGGGGAGCGGGGGGCCGUCAGCGUCAGGCAGCAGCUCCUCAUCGUGGAGAGGAUGAACCGCGCCUACGGCUUUCUGAAGCAGGGGGCCAUGGAUUGAUCGAUCAAUCGAUCGAUGCACGCCAACACCGUGGAGAGCACGGAAACUACUUCUAAUAGGUAAAAAACUGAGUUUUAGAAA